AUGGCAGACAAAGCGCCAGCCGAGCGACGAGUGUGGCAAUAUGCGAAGACGACAGGUGGGAUGGAGAAUAAUCUACAACUGGUCACGACACCCAUGCCUACUCCCAAGCCAACAGAACAUCUCAUCAGAGUUCUCGCGGGCUCUCUCAACGCAGUCGACUACAAGAUCGCCGAGUUAUCUGUCAUUGGUGGCUUCGCUGUCCCUAAGCCUGCCACACCCGGUAUGGACAUCGCGGGCGAGAUCGUCGUGGCGGCGGAUGGGUCCGAUCUCAAGCCGGGAGACCUUGUCUUUGGCGCUGCUGGUGGCUCGUUGGCAGCUAUGGGAGGACUGGCUGAGUACAUCACCACGCCCAAGGAGCGUGUGACGGCCAUUCCAAAAGGUGUCUCAACGAUUGAUGCGGCUUCUCUGCCGACAGGGGCGGUAACCUCGUAUCAAGCAAUUGUGCCGCAUGUGAAACCUGGUAGCCACGUCCUUUUCAACGGAGGAUCUGGAGGAGUCGGCGUCAUAGCCAUACAAGUUGCCAAGAUCAAGGGCUGUCAUGUCACAGUCACCUGUUCGUCUCGCAACAUCGAUCUCUGCAAGAAGCUUGGCGCGGAUGUGGUCGUCGAUUACACCAAAGGAUGCGUCAUGGACCAGCUAGCUGCGCUGGACUACAAGUUCGAUCUGAUCGUAGAUGGAGUAGGCAACGACAAAGCACUCUACUGGGCGUCCAAUAAAUACACGAAUCGUGGCGCAAAAUUCGUCUACAUUGCGUUCGCCCCGCCCGGUGAUGUGGCAUUUGUGGCCGCCGCCAACACUACCCCAUCAUUCUUAGGUGGGCCAAGGGCGAAGUUGACAGUGCUCUUCGCCGACUUCAGCAACGAGCAGAUGAGUGAAGUCAUUGGCUGGAUGGCAGAGGGGAAGCUGAAGUCAUGCAUCGAUUCUAGAUGGCCAAUGAAUGAUGUACCGAACGCUUAUAAGAAGCUGAAGUCCCAGAGAGUCAGUGGCAAGGUCGUGAUCGAGGUGGCGGCGGCAUAA